GCGGGUACGCUGUGUCACGGCUUCUGCGUGUUCUGAGACGAGGUCAAUUUGAUCUGCAUUUACAAGCUUUAUUUAGGCUCUAGAGCAAGAAGGAAACAUGGCUUCGCUACUCCGUUGCAUUCUUGGACCGAGGCUGUAUAGAGUGAACUCUCAUGGAACGAUUAAGGGUCAUGAUUACCAAUCCAAUGCAAUGGAGAAACACAGUGACAAUAUCAUAAAGCUGAUUUCAUUUUGCUGGUCAUUCGGAUACUACACAUCUCCAAUAAUAAUUGGCAUCUUGUAUCGACGAGGUUACUUCAGCCUCGAUGGAGCAUUAAGUCUGGGAAAGUUUGGUGGAAUGGUGUUAAUUGCACUAUGUGGAGCCUUUUAUGUCAGAGGCCUAGGAAGAGCUUACAGUCCAGAGUAUGGAGUUUUUAUCAGUUUACUAGAUGAGAUAAGUAGGAAUGGACAGGGCGAGAACAGGAAAGAGUUGCAGUUCUAUGAUUUUGACUUCUCUGCUUGGCCAGUUGAUUAUGAAUGGAACGAAAGUGGCAGCCAGCCACUAUGGAGGAACCAGUCUUCAGGUUCACAGAGGUCCCGGGGUGCUGUGGAAUGGCUUGGCGGGUUGCCAUGCCAACUGCUGAGUUACCUUGCCAUUCAUAGCUUUGGGUGCAGGAUAGUCUAUCCAGGGAGUACCGCUCUGCUCAAUGCAGCCAUAAGUUCCCAACUUGUUCUCGGAAGGAUGAAGCUCAUUGAGAAGGAUCAUGGGAAGAGGUCGAAGGUCAGAACAAAAGAUGGCAACUCUAUUGACACCAUGUUUGUUGACAGGAGGCUCAAGACGGCGUUUCCCAAUGGUCAAAAAUUGGUUAUUACAAGUGAAGGUAAUGCUGGCUUUUAUGAAAUAGGGUGCAUGGAAACGCCACUAAAAGCUGGAUAUUCAGUGUUAGGAUGGAAUCACCCAGGCUUCGGAGGAAGUACAGGUUCCCCAUUUCCAGAGACUGAAGGCAACGCCAUCGCAGCAGUCAUGCAGUAUGCAGUAGAUGAGCUUGGCUUUGCCUACGAUGACAUCAGUCUAUUUGCAUGGUCCAUCGGAGGAUUCGCUACUUCGUGGGCUGCCAUGAACUAUCCGCAGAUAUCCUUUGUUAUUGUAGAUGCAACAUUUGAUGAUCUUAUACCUCUUGCUAUCGCUAAGAUGCCACCAAGUUUGUCAAAUUUUGUUUCAUCAACAAUAAGGACAUACAUGAAUAUGAAGAUUGCAGACAACCUUAGCAAUUACAAAGGCCCUCUUAGGAUAGUGAGAAGAACAAAGGAUGAGAUCAUUAUAACAUCCGAACUUCCUGAUGUAGCAUAUAAUAGAGGAAAUGAUCUCCUGAUCAAGAUAUUACAAUCAAGAUAUCCAAAGUUGUUAGACGAUGAAGUAACAAAGGUCUUAAGGCAAUUCCUCAGCAUUUCAGAUCAACUUAGCAUGUUAUCAAUGUAUUCGGCGUUUGAAGUAGAUGAUUCAGCAUGCUUACGAGUUCUUAAGGAGUAUGCUGAGAAGCACUCUACCAAGUUCCCUAUGCUUAUAGGUGAUGAUAUGAAUCAUGCAAGGAAGGUGCAAUUAGCUUUGUACUUGAGUACCAAGUACAUGACAGAUUUUGACUCCACCCACUGCACACCUCUACCGGCAUCGUACUUCCUACCUCCAUGGAAUCUAGACGAUGAGAUGAAAUGAUCGCACCCCACCCUCAACCUCCCCCUUCCUCUUGUUGCUUCACUUUAGUUCACAAACCUUGACAUUGACUCUGUGGGCCCUUAUUCUGAUGUCAGGUCUAACUUAAACUUAGGUUUAAAGUUGUGGUUUAAGUAUGGGAAGCCAAAAGUAUCAAAAUUUUUAUUAAGUUGUAUGCUUGUU